AUGGCCCAUGGUUCCGUCACUAUUGGCUCCACCUGGGCAGCGUACAGGGGUGGUCCUCUCUCUGGGAAUGUGGAUGGUAAAAUACGAGUGGCCAGAAGACGAGCAGAGGCGCGCGGCCGAGGCACCAGAGAGCGUCAUGUGGAUCUGAGACUCAGCCCUCGCUCAUCCCUGCCGGCCAAGGCACAGGAACGACGCUUUGGACAUUCCGAAGAUCAAACGAGGACAAGCAGCCGCGAGGAUGUGCGCGAGCAUCAGGUGCAGGCCACGGCGUGGGUGGUGAAGGCGCCGGCGAGCCAAGACGGCCAGGGGUCGAGAGGUUCCACGGGCCUCAACUCCGUCUCUUGUGGUGCUUUGGGUCCACUCCCUCCGCCCCGAAGUGCCGGCGCUAAUCUCCCAACUGGAGUAAUCGCUUGA